AUUUCACAUGUUAAUAAAAUUUUACACAAAUGGGUAAAAAGAAUAAUAAAGGAGGUGCCAUCCUCGGUAGAGCGUUAAUUAAAAAUCAACAGCAAAAUAGUAGAGGUCGUAAACGCAACACUGAUACAUUGCUUCACACAACGGAAAUUCAAGAUGGAUAUGACUGGGGUCGAUUGAAUCUUCAAUCGGUGACUGAAGAGUCUUCGUUUCAAGAAUUUCUCUCAACUGCUGAAUUAGCUGGUACUGAGUUCGCUAAUGAAAAAUUAAAUAUUAAGUUUGUAAAUCCUGCAACAAACAUUGGACUUUUAACUGAAGAAGAAACUAAAAAAAUUAAGGACGAACAUGACAAAAAUAAGGGACAACUCACAAUUCCUCGAAGACCUGCUUGGACCCCGGAAACAACGGCAUCAGAAUUACAAUUGAAUGAACACGAAAAUUUCUUGCAAUGGCGACGAAAAUUGGCAGUGCUGCAGGAAGAAAAUCAGUUAUUAAUGACACCCUAUGAGAAAAAUUUGGAAUUUUGGCGUCAAUUAUGGCGAGUUGUUGAACGUAGCGAUGUUGUUGUUCAAAUAGUCGAUGCACGCAAUCCACUUUUAUUCCGAUGUGAAGAUUUAGAAAAAUAUGUUAAAGAGGUUUCGAUAAAUAAGUUAAAUUUAAUUUUAAUUAAUAAAGCAGAUUUUCUAACUGAAGACCAAAGAAAAGCGUGGUUAAAUUAUUUCACAUCAAUUGGUGUGAAUGUCGCUUUUUUCUCCGCUGUUUUAGCUGCUGCUGAAAAUGAUAAAAUCGAGGAAGAAUCAAAUGAAGAUGAAUCAUCUUCAGAGUAUGAAUCAUCUGAUGCAACUUCGGAUGAAGAAAACACGUCUGAAAUAUCGGAUAAAAUCCAAAAAUUGGAUCAAGCUGUUAAAAACACAGAAAAUAAAUUAAAAAGUGUACAAAAUGAAGUCGAGAAAGCAUUAGAAAAUUUACAAAUUCCUUCUGUCAAUUCAGAAGGAGAUGUCCCAUUUCCUACUAAAAAAGCACAACAAAAUGAAGAACAAAAGUCUAAAGAAAUUUCACAGGAAAAUGAACAUUUACAACAAGACACUUCAAUCCUAACUAAAAAGCAAUUAAUUCAAUUAUUUAAAACAAUUCAUACGGGGCCGAAAGUUACGGAAGGUGUUACUACUAUUGGAUUAGUUGGCUAUCCAAAUGUGGGAAAAAGUUCAACAAUUAAUACAUUAAUGGAAGCAAAGAAAGUUUCCGUUUCAGCAACUCCUGGAAAAACAAAACACUUUCAAACGUUAUAUUUGGAUCAAGAUAUUUUGUUGUGCGAUUGUCCAGGAUUGGUAAUGCCUAGUUUUGUUUUCACUAAAGCCGAAAUGAUAAUAAAUGGUAUACUUCCUAUCGAUCAAAUGCGUGAUCAUGUUCCAGCAAUAAAUUUAGUUGCAAAAUUAAUUCCACGCCAUAUUUUUGAGGAUCAAUAUGGAAUACUAUUACCAAAACCAUCAGAAGAAGAAGAAAAUCCAGAUCGACCACCCACAUCUGAAGAACUUUUAAAUGCAUAUGGAUAUAUUCGUGGAUUUAUGACUGCAAAUGGACAACCGGAUAAUGCAAGAUCAGCAAGAUAUGUAUUAAAGGAUUUUGUAAAAGGGAAAUUAUUAUACGCAACAGCACCACCAAAUAUGAAACAAGAAGAUUAUCAUAUUUUUCCAGAAAGAUAUACAAAACCACGUAACGAUUCCAUGUUACCACCACGUGAAGUUCGUGCAGUAAAGUCUUUGAAGCCAACAGGAGCAGAUGUAGACAAAGUUUUUUUUAAUAGAUCAGGAUAUGGACUUCAUACAAAAGGAAAAAUGAUUAUACCAACAGGUGAAACAACAACAACAGAAAACAUUUCAAGUAAACCUUGGAAGAAAAUGAAUAAACAUUUAAACAAAAAUAAACGGGAAAAAUUACGUCGAGUAUAUUCGCAUUUAGAUCAACAUUAAUAAAAAUUUUAUAUUUAAAAUUAUCAAUGCAUUUGCUAAAUCAGCUAUUUUUGUCGUAAAAAAUUUUUUUGGUUUUAAAUUUGAUAAUUUUCUAUCAUACAACUAUUACCAUUUGUACCACUACAAUUUCGUUGGCCAACCGUAAGUGGAGUUAAGCGUGCAAAUGGAAUCUUAUUUUAUAUAUUUAUAAAUUGCAUUAUUUUAUAAAUAAGAGCCCUAAUUUGGGUACCCGUCAGCAUACAAUGUCAUUGAUAUAUUCAUAAUGGCGGACAACGGACACUCCGUUUAAUGGAGUUUCGUUGAAUCUCCGUUUUAUCGAAUAUCGAGAGUCAUUUUUCUAUUUAUUAUUCAAUAACCUUUCUGUUAGAAUAAUAAAAACGGAUAUCUAUCAAUUUUAAAUUUUCCCGCGCAAUUAAUAAUUUUCUGGGCUCCGUGAAAGAGAACUUCCUACUUACGAGAAUUUACAUAGGGGAAAAGUUGUUAGAAUAAGCUAUCCAAGAAUUUCUAGAAGUGUAUUUAUUAAUGAAAAUAUAUACCUGAGUUAUACAUGUUCAAAAUUAAAAUUUUUUUUAAGUAUAUUGUUAAUAACAUGAUGAAACAGAGUGAAAAAUCAAGUCACUAGCGAAUAUAGAAUUUGUGGCUUCAUUUUAUCUCCGCCCAUAACAUCGUUGUGGGUGUUUGUUAUAAUUUAUAAUCGUUAAGUAGAAUCGUACGCAUAAAAUAAAGUGGAGGAGUUCUUUGCUACAAAUACAUCUAAAUACUAAGAUAAUGUUUUUACAAAUAUUAUUUUUUGUAAUAAAAAAAAUAAAGAACUUAUUAA